AUGUGUACUUCAGCUGCAAAGAACCCUGAACGUCAAGUUUUACCUACUAAUGUCAAACCUACUCAUUAUGAUUUGACUCUUCAACCUAAUUUGAAAACUUUUGUUUUCCAAGGCCAUGUUAAAGUCAGUUUGAAUGUCAAUGAAGAUACUAAGGAAAUUACUCUUAACACACAUGAUAUCAAAAUUCAUUCUGCUGUCUUAUACUCUGAAGACCUUAAGACUGAGUCAAAACAAAAUGCUACUGAUAUUUCAUAUAAUGAAAAGAAAGAUUUAGCUAUUUUAACUUUUGGUGAGACAGUUCUUGCUAAUACAAAAGCAGUUUUAGAAAUCACUUUUGAAGGUGAAUUGAAUGAUAGUAUGGCUGGUUUCUACAGAUCAUCUUAUAAAGAUGCUGAAGGAAACACACAAUACUUGGCUACUACUCAAUUUGAAUCAACAGAUGCUCGUAGAGCUUUCCCCUGUUGGGAUGAACCUAGUCUUAAGGCUACUUUUGAUGUUACCUUGGUUGUUCCCUCUGAACUUGUUGCUUUAUCCAAUAUGGAUGUUAUUUCUGAAAAACCUUAUCAAGAUACUGGUAAAUUAGCUGGUAAGAUGGAAGGCAAGACAGAGUUGAGUGAUCACAGUUUGAAGGAAGUUAAAUAUGCUACAACUCCUAUGAUGAGCACUUAUCUUUUAGCUUUCUGUGUUGGUCCUUUUGAAUACAUUGAAUCAUUCACUAGUGGUGAACAUAAUGGUAAACCUAUUCGUGCUCGUGUCUAUACUUUGCCUGGUGCUUCUGAACAAGGUCGUCAUGCUUUGAACGUUUGUACUAAAGCCCUUGAAUAUUUUGCCAAGGUAUUUGGUGAGCCUUAUCCUCUUCCUAAGGUUGAUAUGGUUGCCAUUCCCGAUUUCGAAGCAGGUGCUAUGGAAAAUUGGGGUUUGAUCACGUACAGAACAGUUGCUUUAUUAUUUGAUGAAAAAUCUUCAUCUAUUGUAUAUAAAAAGAGCACAGCAUAUACUGUAUGCCACGAAUUGGCUCAUCAAUGGUUUGGUAAUUUGGUCACCAUGGAAUGGUGGGAACAUUUGUGGUUGAAUGAAGGCUUUGCUACUUGGGUAGGUUGGCUUGCUGUUGAUAAUAUCUUCCCUGAGUGGGAUGUUUGGACAUCGUUUGUAAAUGACGAUAUGCCUCGUGCCUUGAAUCUUGAUGCCCUUCGUUCUUCUCAUCCUAUUGAAGUUGCUGUCAAUGAUCCUGCUGAAAUUCAUCAAAUCUUUGAUGCUAUCUCUUAUUAUAAGGGUGCUAGUGUGAUUCGUAUGUUGAGCUCAUGGCUUGGUGUUGAUACCUUUUUGGCUGGCGUUAGACGCUACUUGAGUCGUCACAAGUUUGGUAAUGCCUCUACAAAUGAUUUAUGGACCGCCUUGAGUGAGGAAGCACAGGUUGAUGUCUCCAAGUUUAUGACUUUAUGGACUAAGCGUGUUGGUUAUCCUGUCUUGAAUGUCAAGAAGAAUGAUGAUCAUUCCAUUCAAAUCACACAAUCUCGUUAUCUUUCUACUGGUGACUUGAAGGAAGAUGAAGAUGAUACUGCCUGGUGGGCUCCUCUCAGUAUGCUUACCUCCGACAAGAAGGUUGAAUCUUAUACUUUGACUGAAAAAUCUCAAAACUUUGAUAUCCCCUCUGAUGGUUUAUUCAAACUUAAUGCUGGUCAAACCUGUGUUUAUCGUGUCAACUAUCCUAUGGAAGUAAUCCGUGUCCUUGCUGAAGAAGUCAAGAAGGGUGAUAAGGGUCUUUUGACGAACACCGCUGAUCGUGUUGGUUUGAUUGCUGAUGCUGGUAGUUUGUGUGUAAGUGGCGAACAAACGACAGCUGCUUUCUUAGAAUUGGCUCAAGCCUUUGUAAAUGAAGAUAACUAUUUUGUUUGGUCUCAAUUGAGUACUCAUCUUAGCAAGAUUCUUAGUGUUUGGUAUUUACAACCAGAAGAAGUUCGUGACGGCCUCAAGGCCCUUCGUCGCAGUUUAUUUGCCCCCUUGGCACAUAAACUUGGUUGGGAGUUUGCUGAAUCAGAUGAUUAUCUUACAAGCAAUUUACGUGCACUUGCCAUUGCUAAUGCAGGUCGUUCUAAGGAUUCUGAAACGGUUGAAGAAGCCAAGAAGCGUUUCUCACAAUUCAUGGAAGGUAAUAUGGAUGCUAUUCAUCCCAACUUGCGUGGUUCUACUUAUAGCAUCGUCUUGGGUGCUGCAUCAGACGAUGAAGAGGAAGAAAAGAGAGUAUGGGAAGAAAUCUUGAAGAUUUACCGCGAUGAAAGUUUGCCUACUGAUCAACGCUUGAUCGCCCUUAGCGCCUUGGGUGGUGCUAAGAGUAAGUCCUUGGUUCAAAGAUAUUUGGAAAUGUCAUUAGAUGAAAAGGAAGUUCGAGGACAAGACUCUUUAUAUGUCUUUAGAUCAGCAUCUACUAACCCUAAUGCUCGUGAUCUUUUCUGGGAAUUCUUCAGCAAGAACUAUGAACUUCUUCAUUCCAAGUUUGCCAAAUCUUUGAAUUUGUUUGCUUCUGCUGUUCGUUCUGCUGUUGAUGGAUUUGUUACCUUUGAACGUAUUUCUGAAAUUGAAACCUUCUUUGCUGAUAAGGAUACAAAGGAAUAUGAUCGUCCUCUUCAACAAGCAUUAGAAGCCUGUAAAGUAAACGCCAAGUGGGUUGAAAGAGAUCAUCAAUUGGUUGCUGACUGGAUUAAAGAUAAUUUGAAUAGCUUUGCUUAA